AUGAACCCGGUGCUGCAGCAGUUCUACCAGCAGCAGCAGCUUGCCCAGCAGCGAAACGAGGAGCACCAGCUCCAGCAGCAGCGGGAGCUGGAGGAGCAGCGCCGGCGGCACGAGGCUGAGGAGCAGUGGCUCCUGCAGCAGCGAAAGGAACUCGAGGAGAAGGAGCGCCGGGAGACCGAGCGGCUGCGCGAGGAGGAGGAGCGGCGCCGCGCCCUGCAGCAGCGGCCGCCGCAGCUGGACGGGCUGCAGGAAAUGUGGCGCCGGCAGCAGCAGGAACUCGACGCCGCGGCCACGGCGGCGCAGGCCGCGCCGGAAGCGCCGCGGCCGGCAGACGAGGGCGCGGCUCCCAACGCCUGGGGCGCGGCGAUUGUCGCGGCGCAGGCGGCGCAGGCGGCGCAGGCGGCCGACGACGGCGCGCAGCUCUUCGCGGAGCAGGCGGCGCAGCGGCUGCGACAGCUGGGGCCGCUGGGCGCCGACGCGGCGCCGGGCGCGCCCCGCGCGCCGAGCAGGGAGCGGCCGAAGGAGCCGCUCAAUGCGGCAACGCGAAGCCUGCCCUCGAACGUCGUUGCCAUCGUCGUACGAAGGAUUAAGUAA